UGAUGUUUUUCAGGCGAUGCCUCCCACAAAGACGUACACCAUGCUGGAUAUCCUGAAGUCUCGUAACAUCAGAUGCAUCACUCUGAUGUGUCUGGUUUUAUGGAUGGCGAUCAACAUCGGGUACUUCGGUUUGUCCCUGAACACCUCCAACCUGAGCGGCGACCCCUUCAUGAACUGCUUCCUGUCGGCUGCUUCGGAGGUUCCUGCGUACGUGGUUUCAACUGUGCUGCUGAAGAAAUGUCCAAGACGAGCUGUUUUCUGCACAUGGAAGGAACUCGAAGAGCUAGACGAGCUCCCGCAGUACACAGUUCUGGGCUCAGGCUUCCUCAGCCCCACAGACGACAUCUGGAACAGCUUCUGCUCCCCCAUGUACUGA